AUGCGAGUGCUAGCUACGAUCAGCUCGCUCUUCGCCCUUUCCCGGGUUGGAGUUUGCGCCUCCUCGCCGGCGGCCAAUCUCUCCAUCUCGGCCCUAACCGCCGAAGUGGAGUCGGACAUUACGGCCCUCUACUACGGUGCCAAACAACGCGACUCGCUCCUCCUCGGCAACGACGGAAGCGCGGGGACCGGUGGAUUCCGCAGUUACGAUCUGCUUGAUCGGAACCUGACCGAAACGGGUCGACGCACGCCGGGUCGGACCAAAGUCGUGGGCGUGCUGUACGAUGUUGCCGGGCGCGAUCUGCUCGUUUCGAUUACGGCGACCGAGUCGCUCAUUCGGCUGUAUGAGAUCGAUGGCCUGAGGGAGAUCCCCGGUGCGCAGAAGAAGGCGCUCGGCGACUGGUCUUGUCUGUCGACGUGGCGCAGUCCGCGCGGGGCGGAUUACUUUUAUCUGUUUGGGAAGAAACAGGCUAUCCAAUUCUUGGUUCGGGAGAACCAGAAGGAGGUCGAGAUACUUGAAAUCCAAACGUUUCCGAUACCGGUGGAGCCGAGCUCUUGCGCUGUUGGUCCGGAGGGAAUUGUUUACCUGGCUGCUGAAGAGACCACCAUCUAUACGUUCCAGGCCGCAGAGUCCACCGAGGCUCCCAAGGUCAAGACUCUGGGAGAGGUUGGUGAUGAUGUCUCUGGUCUGGCUGUCUACGUGUCUCGCCGAUCGCACUACCUGUUCGUGGCGCAGACAGACGUUAUCGAGGUGUACUCGCCCGAUCUAAAGCUCAAGGGAUCUCUGACUCUCACUGGAGCCGAAGACAUCGAAAUCGCAGGAACAUCAAUCUACCAGGGCAGUUCGAGCAAAUAUCCCCACGGACUAAUCAGCUACGCCAUCGAGUCCGAGUCAGGCACGGGAUACGGCGUCAGCUCCCUCGAGCCCCUCUUCACCAAGCUCCGCCUAGACCCCAACACUCGCUACACACCACGCCCAUCGCAUCCCUCACCCUCCGGCCCCACGCAAACCGGCUUCAAGAACCGCAACGGCACCCUUUCCUGCUUCGCCGGCUUCACCGGCCGCAAGUGCACCCAGGUCACCUGCCCGAACGACUGCUCAGGCCACGGAUCCUGCGUCGGUCCCAACACGUGCCAAUGCCGGGAUCCCUGGGCUGGCCCCGACUGUUCCUGGAUCGGCGUCGCGGCCAAGUACGAGACUGACGCGAAUGGCGGCGACGGCGAUGAUCCCGCGAUCUGGAUCUCGCCUGUGAGCCCGAACCUGUCGACGAUUAUCACCACGACCAAGUCGGAGGUGGGUGCGGGACUUGCCGUCUUCGAUCUCAAGGGGAAUCUCCUCCAGACGAUGACUGCCGGCGAGCCGAAUAAUGUGGAUGUUAUCUAUGGGUUCCAGAUCGGGGAUCGCACGGUUGAUCUCGCGUAUGCUGCGUGUCGAGAGGAUGAUACGCUAUGCCUCUUCGAAGUAACACCCAACGGCCUCCUCGCCGAACUCCCCGGCGGCAUCCAGCCCGUCCCAGAGGACUACACCGUCUACGGCUCCUGCGCAUACCGCUCCGCAGUCAGCGGAAAGCAAUACCUCUUCGUCAACGAGAAAUCCGGGCAAUACCUGCAAUACGAGCUGUCCGCCUCGUCCAACGGAACACUCUCCACAACGCUCGUCCGCGAAUUCACCGGCGGAACCGGCGGGCAGCCCGAGGGGUGCGUCCCCGACGAGGAGAACGGAUACAUCUUCCUCGGCGAGGAGCCCUACGGCCUGUGGCGGUAUGACGCCGAGCCCACGGGCUCGGACGAGGGGACUCUGGUCGCGAAGACGGGCGACGGGACGCUCUUUGCCGAUGUUGAGGGGGUUACACUUGUCCCGGGCAAGACGGCUGACGAGGGCUUCAUCAUCGUCUCUGCGCAGGGCGUCAGCGCGUACUCUGUGUACCGCCGUGCGGCGCCGCACGAGUAUGUGAUGACCUUUACGAUUGGGGAGUCGGGUGAUGGGAGGAUUGAUGGGGUGACGAAUACCGAUGGGGUGACUGCUGUUGGGACGGCGUUGAAUGGAGACUUCCCGCAUGGGUUGAUUGUUGUGCAUGAUGAUGCGAAUCAGUUGGCGGAGGGGGGUACGGCGGAACUCGCGUCGUUCAAGUUGGUUAGUUUGGAGGAUGUGCUUGGGAGGAUGGAGGGUGGGGAGGAGUUGUUGGGGGAGGUUGAUGCGGGGUGGGAUCCUAGGGCGAAUCUUUGA